AUGGAGAAGUACGAGGAGAACAUGGCACUGAAGGCCACCAAGUUCAUGGAGGACCUGUCCCUCUAUGAGCCCUGCCCGGACGCUCCUUAUGGCCGGGGUGGCCGCCGGGACCUAACGCUGCACGCCGACCUGGAGGAGACCAAUUUUUCUUUUCCUGAAGAGAAAAAUGUGCCUGACCAACAAAAUGAAUCCUCCUCAGUUUUGAAAGAUCAGCAGGUUCUCGAUGUCAAGAGCUAUGCACACUUAUUCUCAAAGAGUGUUGAAACCCUGAGACUUCAUCUGGCUGAGAAAGGUGAUGGAGCAGAGCUUAUAUGGGAUAAGGAUGACCCUUCUGCAAUGGAUUUUGUCACUUCUGCUGCAAACCUCAGGAUGCAUGUUUUCAGUAUGAAUAUGAAGAGCAGAUUUGAUAUCAAGUCAAUGGCAGGAAAUAUUAUCCCAGCUAUAGCUACUACUAAUGCAAUAAUAGCUGGUCUGAUAGUGUUGGAGGGUUUGAAGAUUUUAUCGGGAAAAAUAGAUCAGUGUAGAACGAUUUUUUUGAACAAGCAGCCAAAUCCCAAAAAAAAGCUAUUGGUUCCUUGUGCUUUGGAUCCACCAAAUCCUAACUGUUACGUAUGUGCAAGUAAGCCAGAAGUGACCGUGAGACUUAAUGUACACAAAGUUACUGUGCUAACACUCCAGGACAAGAUAGUGAAAGAAAAAUUUGCUAUGGUAGCACCGGAUGUACAGAUAGAUGAUGGAAAGGGAACCAUUCUUAUCUCUUCAGAAGAAGGAGAAACAGAAGCAAAUAACCACAGGAAAUUAUCAGACUUUGGAAUUCGAAAUGGCACUCGACUACAAGCAGAUGAUUUCCUUCAGGAUUAUACUUUGUUAAUCAAUGUGCUUCAUAGUGAAGACCUAGAAAAAGAUGUAGAAUUUGAAGUUGUGGGCGACACCCCUGAAAAAGUUGGCCCUAAACCAUCAGAACCAACAUCCAAAAACAUUACCAAUGGUAGCGAUGACGGAGCACAACCUUCAACAUCAACAGCUCCAGAUCAAGAUGAUCUAUUUAUUAUUGAUUCUGAAGAUGAAGGCCAUUCAAGUAAUGCUGAUGAUACGGAAAAUAAGAGCCGCAAGAGAAAACUAGAAGAUAAAGAGUGCGUCAGUACAAAGAGAGUGCGUAUGGAGCAGACAGAAGAGCAAGAUGAAAUUAUAGCAUUAGACUGAACACGCAGAUGAUGUUUGACAAAAUGAUUGAGUUAAUGUAAUGCAGCAACAGCAUAUUAUUUGGGGAUGUGAAAAAUGUCCAGAACUAGACUAAUUGUAAGGCUUUUGUUCUGAGGAAACACCAAACCAUUGGCUUAAAUAAUUUUUGUCUGUUUCUCUUGAUGAUAAAGCUGUCAUCUCAAUAGAGUCUUCUAGAAGUUUUUACAUAUUGAAUUCCAUAUAUUAAAUGUAGUAGAAACAUAGUUUUUAAAUACUUGCAGAUAAGUAUUUACUUAAACAGUCAUGAAAAUAAGCAUGUUAUUUUUGUGUAAAUACCUUAUAAUUCAGUAGGACAAAAAAAAACCUACUCUGGUUUAGUAAAGGGUCAUCACUUGAUGCCCAGAUUUGUAAGUACCGAAAUUUUUCUUUUGCUUGAAGAAAAGUAUUUUUAGUCCAGUCCUAAACAUUUUUCAUAUCCUGAACAAGGAGAGAAUUCACUAAAGCAAAUUAGUGCCAUGUUUUAACAGUGUUCUUAAACUUUAACUGGCACUGUGUACAUUACUGUAAAACUGUUAAUUUACUCAAGUUUUUCAGCUCGUACUGCCUGGUAUGUCAAUGUAAGAAGCAAAUUUUUUGUGUAUUGUUACAGUUUCUGGUUAUUUAUAUUUGAUGUUUUGUAAACUCAGAUACUACUACUAUACUGUACAUCUGACGGACCAAAUAAAUGACAUCUGAAGUACUUGCUAUAUACGCUUGCACAGUCCAAGUUUAUGCUGAUCUAUGGGAUUUUAAAAUGUAUAGCCUUCAAAAAUUACUGUACUGUUUUCAUUUUUCUAAACAUAACCUAGUAGUACAGAACUUAAGUUUCACUUGCUUGAGGUGCAAGGGGAAUUUUUUUAAUAAAACCUUUGUGAAUGUUUUUUUUUCCCUUGGACACUUACUGGCUUUUUCAGUUGGAGCACUUGCAUCACCACACGCAUGCUUUCAGCACCUCAUGCCUUCAGAAGGAGAAAGCGCUGGGCUUUUAUGUGCUCUACUUUGUGCUUAUGGCAAAAGUGCAGCGUUUAGGAACAGUGUCUUAAAGCCUACUGCAUUUGUUGACAUGUUUUAGUAGCUCUCUGUUCUAUCAGUGUUGAUUCUUAAAACAUGGUAAUCUGCCAUUUCUGUCACUGCACUGAAAUUUCUUGCUAGCUUUGUGUUAAUGAACCAGAACAGCUCCUAUUCAUAGAUGAGUACUCAGCCGCAGCCUUAUGAAGUAGAGAAAUAGAGUGGGCUGGAUUUAUUUCGUUGCAGUUUAUAAACUGUGCAUUUUUAACAAGAUGUUAACCAUGUAAUGAAUGUAAAAACCAAACAUGGCACUUCUUAGUUUCUGUAUCCGGUUCUGUCUAAUAGAAGACCAGGUUCUCAUCCGUAUUGAAUUGCCAAUGCAGUAUAAAACUACAAUGCAAUUAAUGUUUUUUUCUCUACUUUUAGGAAGUAAUAUUCACACAUAACAGCUUGUUUGAAGACAUAAUAUUCUAAAUUAAAACUUUGAGUUAGUUACUUCUUGGCCAGCAUCAGUGAAGACUGAGAGGUAAAGAUGUAAAUAAGAGAUAGAGAAACAAAUUUCAGCACUAUAAUGGGAAGCUUUUAUAGUUCUCACUAUAAACAGUUAAAGUACUAGAAUUUAAUGUCUGACAUUUUCCAAUAACAAAGAUCAGCAUCUUCUCUCUUAGCUUCACUAAAAAUAAAAUUAUUGGUUUAUUAAAUAAGUUGUCAAAUGGCUUGUUAUCUGUGUAAUAGGAUGUGAUUCUCACUGUGGCGUGACAAUGCUGUAUCUAAGCUGCUGGCAUCAUAAUGUGCGAAGGAGUGGUCUUACUGCAGGAUGAGUUUUAGAGAAGUACUGAAAAACUUAAGAUAUGCAUCAUCGUGUGAUUUGCAGCAUAAAAGGUAAUUUAGCAUUUAUAUAAGCAAUUACAAGCUGACAUAUUUAGGAGAUAUGUUUGUACUGCUUUUUUUUUGGGAUUACGUAGUUACAUAGCAAAAAAAGGCUCUCCUUCCUGUAAAAUAAUCUAAAGUGAAUUAAUUCUUCAGUAUAUUUUUUCUGUAUACCAGCAGCUUCUGUAAACAUGACAGGAUGUUCAUACAGUCUUUGUUCUCUUGGGUUCUUAAGUUUGGUAAUACUGAAUGAAUCAGUAAAAAUGCAGAAUGGUUCUAUGCUGGAUGAAAAUGGCUCUUCAGAACUGAUGGAAGUAUGAGCAUCCUUAAGUGGCUACUGGCCACUAACGUAGUGGUGUAGAAGGUUCCAAACUAAACUUGCUCUUGCAAAAGCAAAUUAUACAUUGUAUAAUAUAUAAAUGUAUAAGCAAAUUGUACUUGGAUGCAUUUACUAAGCUUUUAGGUUUUUGUUUGUUCUUAAAAAAACAAGCAGCUUUUCAACGGACAAUUUGUUAAAGCCCUCACAGCAGUAAUAUUAAUAUGGGAGGAAACAACACAACACUCAGAAGUUAAAAUGAAUAAAAUAUUCCCUAGUUCCUUAGCUUUGCAACCUUGAUGCAAGCUCUGUCUCCACUAAGGGUUUCUGAGCCAGGCUCAUUAAAUCAGUCUACAAAUUGCUAUUUGCAGUGAUACAAAGUGGCCUUUCUGACAUGCAGCUUUUUCUAUUUGUUUGCUUAUAUUGAUGCUAAUUUCUGUGAGACAAGUAAUCCUUUCUGGCUGGUUUUCAUAUUAAUUUGUUCUUAAUGUUUGUAUUUUUUAUGUGUGGUGAAUUUGAGUGCUGUAUAUAAAAAGAACGAGACAAACAGUGAUAUUUUAGUGUAGUUGAUUGCAGCUGUGAGCGUAUCUAGUAUCUGCCUUUGUAUGCUAUUAGUUCAAUAUCCUUGUUGUCUACUGGAGCACAGAAAGGAGUAUCGAGCACUACUGAUAUACAACAGUUACUAGGGAUCCAUUACGUUGUUCUGACUCAUUGUGAAGAAGCACGUAACAAUUUUCCCAAAAUCUUAUUGUUUUAAAAACCUGUCUGAUUCUCAAAGCAUACAGAGAAUCACUCUUUAAGGGGCAGAUGAUGACUGUUCGAGUCAGGGCAACUUUUUGGGUGAUGAUGUGAUGGUCUAUUAACCAGUCCAUUUCCUGAAAAGCAACUUUAACAUGGAGAUACCAGUAAGAUGUCUGUAGUAGUGAGGUUUUAGUUUUGCUUUAUAAAACUAUUUCGUUGUUGAAUGGCAGGGAGAUGGUGCAUGAUUUUCUGGCUUUUAGACUGUGACAGCUGGCAAGCAGAUUGAUGUGCCACUUCAGACUGUGACCUUUACGACAAAGAGCUCUUGCUAGCCAUUUGUUGGAUCACAAAAGAUAAAAUAAGCCCAUGUUCAGUGAGUAUAUAUUGAUAUUGUAUGUGUCAAGCUUUAUCUCCACUGUAACAAAGUUUAAAUCUGCAUUUGAAAACUGAACAAACACUGAAUUAAGGAAAACAGUCCCCUCUUCUCUACUCUGUUCUGUUUUCUUCCCUUUAAGUGGAGGUAUUUUCUUCUUUUUGCAUCUAUUAUAGAAAUCUUCAAUUGUGCAUAUCUAAAAUGUUGAAUUUAGAAGAAAGCAGAAACUAGGAUGAAAGUAAUAUAACAAAUUUUACACAAGUCAGU